UACCGUCAGCCGAUACAGCGUUUAAAGAUGGCGGACGCAGCGAGUAAAGCUGAGCAACACGUGUUGGUGAAGAGCGUGGACAUGCCUGAUGACGCUAUCAAGAUCGAAGGAGUUGACUUCAACAAAGGCGUAGACCUUGACGAAGUGGUCAAACAUUACUUGACCACAGGGUUUCAAGCCAGCAACUUAGGAAUGGCCAUUGAGCAGAUCAAGAAGAUGAGGGAGCACAGGUCCAAGCCCGCCAACCUCAGCCCGGAGGAAGAGAAGCUGGACCCCAUCUACCGGCCCCGGUCAGACUGCACCAUCUUCCUGGGCUACACCUCCAACAUGGUGUCAUCUGGCAUCCGUGAGACCAUCAGGUUCUUGGCUCAGCACAGGAUGAUUGAUUGCAUCGUGACGACAGCAGGUGGGAUUGAGGAAGACUUCAUCAAGUGUUUCGCACCGACGUAUCUGGGAGACUUCUCCUUGAAGGGAAAGGACCUCCGCCCAAAAGGACUGAAUAGGACCGGAAACCUUCUGGUGCCGAAUGACAACUACUGCUUGUGGGAAGAAUGGGCCACGCCAAUACUGGAUAAAAUGUUGGAGGAACAAAAACAAGAGGGGACUCUGUGGACACCAUCUAAAUUGAUCGCCCGCUUCGGAAAAAAAAUCAACAACCCAGAGUCCAUAUACUACUGGUGCUACAAGAACGAGAUUCCAGUGUUUAGUCCGGCCAUUACGGAUGGCUCCAUCGGGGACCUGUUGUUUAUGCAUGCCUACAGGAACCCGGGCUUGGUUCUGGACAUCGUACACGGUACCUGUAAUUAG